AUGCUGACGGCUUCCGGGAGCCACAGGUGCAGGGAGCUCCAGGCUGCCGAAGAUGGUGCUUCCAGGGCACAGGACUUAGGAGACGGUCGCCAUGAAGCCCUGCGGCUGGUGCUGAAGGAAGCCGGCUGCUUCCAAGGGCAGGUUACCUGGACAGGUGCGACGCAGCUGAGGAGUCUCCCGGACGCCAGCCAGCCCUUCUGCAUCACCCACACCUGCGUGGCAGAUUUGGGCUGCUCUCCAGAUGGCAAGGUGCCCAGCGCCACCGUCCCUUGCACGAGGCCCGUCCUGCUCCCGCUCCCGCCCCUCCCUCCUUGCCCCCCUUGCUGGUUGGCUUCCGAGCCAGGUGCCCUUCAGGAAAUGAACACAAAGGAGAGGUACAACUCCUCAGCCAGGAUCCACGUCAACGUGAUGGACGGAGACGACCAGUACCCCCAGUUCCUGCCGUGCAACUUCUUGUCACACGACGGGGUCGGCAUUUGCGUCAGCCCCGUCUACACCGCCAACAUCACAGAAGGGGAGCUCAAGACAGAACCCCUCCAGUUCCUGCCUGGUCCCAUCCAUGCCGAGGACGGAGACCGCGACCUGAAGGCUGCCAUCACCUAUUCUAUUCUCUCAGGUACGGACCACGGCUACUUCCACAUGGACAACAUCACAGGCGCCAUCACCAUGUUGCGGCCGGUGGAGAGCAGGAUUCGCACUCCAGUCUACAGCCUCAGUGUCAUGGCCUCUCAGGUGAACGACGCCAAGAAGUACGCCGUGACCGAGGUCCGCGUGCGAAUCCUGGCAGCCAACAGCCACGCGCCGCACUUUGAGAAGUCCCAGCACCAGGCCUUUGUCCACGAAGGCGAGAGCACGGCCUCUCUGGUCCUGACGUACAGCAGGAGGGUCCUCUUCAUCCUGGCCACCGACAUGGACUUCCCCAACGGCUUCAACCCUGCCGUGCGGUACAGUCUCAGGCGCAAGUCCAACCACACGCAGCUCUUCCAGGUCACCCCCGGCGGACUCCUCAUCGCCCGCGCCGACCACCUGAGCGCUCUCCAGCGAUACGCCUUGCAGAUCCUUGCACGAGAUGAGGAGUCGGGUGAGACCGCCAACACCACGGUCAACGUGGAGGUGCUGAGUCCUGGCCAGGCAGUCCCCCUGGAUCCUCUCGAAGCCGGGCACCAGGGGACGAUGGAUGCCGGGAUCCUGGCAGGCGGCCUGGGGGCACUGCUCUUGGUGACGGCCAUCAUUCUCUUCCUCAUCCUGCGAGCCAUGAAGAAGAGGCAGCGGCGCCAGCAGAACAUGGAGCGGGCGGCUCUGGCCAUGGAGAAGCACCCCAAUGUGGUCAAUGCUGGAAAGGCUUCGCCGCACCCCGAUAACGUCUACUUCCAGAACGAGGGGUACAGCGACCUUGGCGACGAGGCGCCCAAGACGUACGGAGGCCAGGUGGCCCUGAACUCCAAGCUGGAUUCGGCGAGGAGCGGGAGAGGCCUGCCCGUUGGUGACGCACCGCUGGCCAACUCGGUGCCCAAGGGCGGGGGCCAGGCCCGAGCCAGUGCGGCCCCCAAGAAGCCCGAGGAAGAAGAGGCCAAGACGGCUCUCGUCAAUGGAAAGGCCCUCGAGCAAUGCCCCUCUCUCUGCCUGGAAGAUGAGGCCUUGCCCAAAGCUGCAGAGCGGCCAGUGGAACUGCAGGUGGUGGAAGACGAGGACGAGGAAGAUGAGGAAGACGAGGCUACCCUCUUCCCCGUGGGCAGUGAGGAGAACCAGUUCGGAGACACCGUAGGGGGACCCGAGGAAGAACAGCGCUCCGAGGGCGGUCCGCAGCAAGGGGGAGAGUCGGUGCCAGAAGGCAAGAUGCCUGCCAACGGGGGCCCAAGCCACGUGGAGCCCGCUCCUCAGAGCCCUACUGCUGACAGGAACUGUGAGGGUGGCAGAGGGGCUGGGGAACACCCUGGGUCCCCCAGCGAAAGCAUGGACGCAUCCCAGGUUGUUCCCUGUGGCACUUCCGCUCCAGGGGACACAGAGCCCAGCGACACAACCCCGGCCCCCAAGGAACCAGUCCCCCCACUGCCGAAGCUGGAAAAGCUGCCCACGGAGGACGAGGAGGAGGACGACGGGGAGGAGACGCCGAAGGCCACAUCGCCCACUUAUCGAGACCCCCUGGCGCCUCUGCCUGUCAGCGAUGUCAGGAUGCCCGCCACGCUUUUGCAGCUUCUGGAAGAUUCCAUCGAGUGCUAGCCUGCGUCUCGCUGCCCCACCUCAAGCCCGCUCGGCCAGGGCGGAGGGAGGGAGGGCAGUGGACGGUGUAGAGACAAUCUCCUUUCACUGAGGCGAGCGUAACGGGGCAACCGUAGCUCCGGGCAUUGGUUCGUGCUGAGUGUGCAGACUGGGUGGAAGGGUCUGCCACUGGAUCCCGGGGCUCGUGCCAACAUUGGGGGGCUCCUUUCCUCAGCUCUGUCUGCCAGGCGCACAAAGGCAUUUGAUUUCCUCGAAUGGGGCGUUGCUGACUCUUUAAACCCACGAUAGACAUGUUAGGUUCCCCCCGUAAGUUGGGGUCGGCUAGGCAGCCCACCAAGGUAGCACCAGCUUCUGCUCAGGGUCUACCAACCGGGGAGGGGGGGAAUGCUUUGGCCUGGGGGUUGGUGGGAGGAAGG